CGCGCUACUCUCUCUUUCCAGCUCACUUCACUCGACAGGAAAACAGACGUAGGCGAAUCCCCGCCCUCUCUUCUUCUUAAAAAAAAGGAAGUGAUCUCACCACGUUUAAUUUCCUCUUCUUAAAGACAGAUCUACUUUUUUAUGUCUUGCAAUCUUAUAGCUGACUUUAGAAAGCAUAUAUUUUUGUACUAAUUUACCCGUCUUUUGCCUGCAGACAUACGCGUUGAUAGUUUCCUGGUAGUAUGAGGAUUUAUUGCUUGUAUAACUUAUGUCGGGGUCUCCAGCUGGAAGAUCUGGGCUAGACAUGGACAGCUCUGUCACACUCUGGCAGUUCCUGCUUCAGCUUCUGCUCGACUCCAGCAAUAAGCACUUGAUCAACUGGACUUCAGAUGAUGGGGAGUUCAAGCUUCUGCAGGCAGAAGAGGUGGCCCGACUGUGGGGCGUACGAAAGAGUAAGCCAAGCAUGAACUAUGACAAGCUGAGCCGUGCCCUACGAUACUAUUACGACAAGAAUAUAAUCAAGAAGGUGAAUGGAAAGAAGUUUGUGUACCGUUUUGUGUCGUAUCCAGACAUCCUGAAUCGGGACCCACUAACUGUGAUCAGAUCUGACCUUCCUGUUAGCAGUGCUGUCAGAGCAGAAUCUUCAUCUUGUGAAAAAGAUGAAACCCCCAAGGACAAGGAAAACAGAAGUAAAGGAGAGAAAGCAGGAAGUCAGGGGUCCAGCAAAGCCUCCAGUCGAAAUGACUAUAUCCAUUCUGGACUUUACACAUCUUUUACUCUGAACUCCCUUCAGGCCAACACACAGCUGUUCAGAUCUAUCAAAGUAGAAAACCCAGCAGGGAAACUGGCUGAGAAAAAGAUGACACAGGAAACCCCUCAGUCUGUCAUUAAGUUUGGGUCAACCCCUUCUAAAAAGCCUCCCACCCAAAGUCCAGUGGAGGGUGUUUCCAAAGCAAACCCUCCUGUCUUGGUGGCUCCAGUUUUGAUUGGACAGAACUUAUAUGUGGACCUGACAGACAGCAAGGAUGGCAAAUCUAAAGAAAAUAGUGUUAAUUCAGUGGGAGUUUCCCCUUCUGGGCAAGAUGCACCACUUUCUAUUGGUUCUCCAUCAGUUCCUUCACGUUCGCCUUCCCCAAGUUUAGCUCCAGACUCUGCACAUGAGCUUGUGAUCGAUACAGACAUAGAAUCUACAUCUUCUCAACCACCAUAUUUGAGGCUACAGUCAGAACUGUCUCCUUCAUCAUGUGAAGCAAGUGUCUCAGACAGAGACCUUGAGAAACUGCCAUGUAGAAUUAACAGUAGCAAUUUUCUCACCAAGUCAAAGAAGCCAAAAGGUUUGGAGCUGACUCCUGUACUGGUGGUCACAAGCAGUGACCCAAGUCCUUUGAGCCUGGCCAGUCCUUCACUGCCCACAGCAUCACUGACCCCUGCUUUCCUUCAGACCCCAACUUUGUUGCUGACCCCAAGUCCGUUACUGUCUAAUAUUCAUUUCUGGAGUACGCUGAGCCCAGUGGCACCUCUGAGUCCUGCAAGGCGACAAGGAACGCAUACUUUAUUUCAGUUUCCAUCCGUUUUCAACAACCACAUGCAGUUACCUGUUCCCAAUGUGGAUGGAUCCAAUACCCCUGGACCAUUGUCACCAGACCCACAGAAGACAUAGUGUGCUUUUUUUUUUCUUCUUUUUUUGAACUAUUCAGGAUAAAGGAAAACAGGUUAAGAAAUGACUAAUUGUGUUCUUAAAUAUGGAGUUUGCCAAAGCCAAGGCUGAACUGCUUUAGUUAAUCUAAAGGGCAUAGUUGUGUGGCUAAAUCUCUACCAGACAUGAAUGGUUGGCCAUACACUGUUACUUCACCCUACCAUCUUUUUCAGUAGAAAAUACUUUGGCAGUAACUCAGCCACAUUAACCAACAGAGUUUUACAGGAGCCCAACACAGGGAAAAGGAGUUGGCCAUAAAUAUAUAUACAUGUUUUUUUUGCUUUUUUAAUAGAUUUUUAAAUUGCCACUUUUCAAGAGCAAGACAUAAUGGAGCAUCAUUUAUUGAUUUCUUGAUCUGCAGUUUCUAACGAAUUUAGAAGAAAAAUUGCGUGGCUUGCUUAAGACAUUGACACUUUUCUUUGAUGUAGCUUCUGGUCCUUGCUUCUGUGUUAGAAGAUAAGCCCUUCUCAGUGAUGCAAAUCUUGAAAAGGAUGUCUAAAUAUGCUCAAUAAGUAAAACUGAAACAUUCAA